AUGGCUGCACAGGAGCCGUCUCCACCAUCCACCCUGGAAGGCAACAAACCGGGCUUCCCAAAGAAAAUCCUAGUUAACAACCUGGACGACGAGCAUUUGUGCAAUUCGUGCCAGAAAAUCCUGAGGAGGCCCCUGCAAGCUCAAUGUGGCCACCGCUUUUGUUCGUUCUGCUUCAACAAAAUUGUGAGUUCGGGACCUCAAAAAUGCAGCGCUUGCAUCAAAGAAGAAUUGUUUGAGGAACCCACCUCCAUUCUCAAGCAAGGCGGUGCCUUUCCUGACAACGCAUCACGGAGAGAGGUUGAGGCCUUGUCAGCUGUCUGUCCCAACGAAGGAUGCACGUGGACGGGAACUAUCAAAGAGUUUGAGGCCUGCCAUGAGGGAAACUGUGACUUCAUGAUCAUCCUUUGUCCCUCCUGCAAAGAGCUGAUGAGAGCCAACGAGCAGGAGCGCCACAACGAGAGAGAAUGUCCUGAGAAGACGCUCAACUGCAAAUACUGCAAAGAGCCCUUCCUGUUAAAGAACAUAAAGGCUCAUGAUGAGAUCUGUCCAAAGUACCCGAUGAUCUGUGAGGGUUGUGCAAAGAAAAAGAUCCCCAGAGGAAAGUAUGUGGACCAUAUUAAGUUCUGCACUAAAUUUAAAGCACCAUGCAGAUUUCAUGUUGUUGGCUGCGAUACGUCUGUGGAGAAAGAGAAGGCCCAUGACCACGAGAGGCAGUGCUCGUACGAACACCUAAACAUGCUCUUGCAUUUCAUCAUGGGCAUCAAGGUCAGCCUGGAGAGCCUGCAGCCCCAGAGCCUGGAAGCAGCUAGCCACAAGCUGCAGGAGCUGCACCAGUCCCUCCGGGAGCUGGAGCUCAAGAUGAGCCAGCUGGUGGGGGGAGGGGGCGCUGCGGUCCCCGUGCAGGGUGCAUGUGCCACGACCGUGGCCACCUCCUUCACCCCGCUGCCCAGUGGCGUGGCGGCUGCGCUGGAGCUACAGCUGCAGAGCGAGAAGGCCAAGGUGGUGGAGCUGAGCCGCCGCUCCUUGAAGCUGGAGCUCAAAGUCAGCACGUUCGAGAACAUCGUGUGCGUCCUCAACCGAGAGAUGGAGCGCUCCUGCACCAUCAUGGAGGCCUACAACCGCCAACACAGACUGGACCAGGACAAGAUCGAGAUCCUCAACAACAAGGUGCGUCAGCUGGAGAGGACGGUGAGUCUGUGGGACCUAUCCAUCGUGGAGAUGGAGGGGAAAAUGAGAGAGAUGUCUGCAGCCACAUACGACAGCAUCUUUGUGUGGAAGAUCUCCGACUUCACCAAGAAGAGGCAGGACGCCGUGGCCGGCCGCGCCCCAGCCAUGUUCUCCCCCGCUUUUUAUACCAGUAAAUACGGCUACAAGAUGCGCCUGCGGAUCUACCUGAACGGCGACGGGACGGGGCGGGGAACACAUCUUUCGCUCUUCUUCGUGGUGAUGAGAGGAAACAGCGAUGCACUCCUCAAGUGGCCUUUCAACCAGAAGGUCACCCUCAUGCUGCUGGACCAGAACAACAGGGAGCACAUCAUUGAUGCCUUCCGGCCAGACAUCUCCUCCUCGUCCUUCCAGAGGCCCGUCAGCGGUAUGAACAUCGCAAGCGGCUGCCCGCUCUUCUGCCCGCUCUCUAAACUGGACUCCAAGAACUCCUACAUACGCGACGACACCAUGUUCAUCAAGGCCAUCGUCGACCUCACUGGGCUCUAGGUAAAGAACAGGGGCCAUCUUGUUGCUCCUCACCAACUUAAUAUCCCCGGUAACUGCCAUCUGUCUUCAAGGUCUGUGUUGUUUAUCUUUGGUUUCGGUAUGGAUUGUUGGAGGGAAUAUACAAAGUUCCAGCAAGAAGAUGACUUUACAUUGACCAGUGGCUCCUCAUAAGUUUGUGUUCGACUAAAACAUUGAUGACUUACCAAAGUGACUGGAGAAGUGAACUCAGUAUACAUUGUGUGCCAGUAUAUGCCUGGGGACAGGUGUUCAUGUUUAUGAGCCGAAACUGUAGAAGCUGUCCAUUCAUGUUUAAACAUUGUUUCCUGCUGCUAAAGUCCAAACAAUAAUGCUGCUAAUUAGCAUCACUUCAAUAACAAUUCCAUCCCCAAAACAUUUCCACGUUUCUUUGGCUACAACAAGCUAAAAGGACACGACAUAUGGCCUUUAGAAGUUUAAUUGGCUAACGUGCUAGCAAAGUGUAUGCUAUACUCACAUGCAGUUGUGUGGUAAGUAAGCAUUUUACCACUUCUGUUGUUUUUUCUAACGUCUGGGGUUAACAAAGGUUUUCCUCAGGUUUUGUACCACGAUAUAAAUACGCCAGUAAAUACCACACCGGUGUCCGAAGCUAUGUGUAAUAAAAACAGCAGUUGGUAACAAGUCUAAUGACACUACUAAAUGUCCUCAUGCUGAACAUUAGCCGCAUUAAGCUAAGCGGUGUUAACGAGAAACCAUGCGCUAGUCAUGCAGCUGGUUUAUAGCCUUACAUUACCAUUUUACUACUGGCAAUUGCAUAUACUCUUCACAAAUCAUUAAAGUGUUUUAAUUAUGUGGAGAUUAUCCUGCUGAAUUAAAGUGUUGUUAGUUAGUUGUUAGUGUCAUAAACGUUUGUGCCAAAUAUCUUAUUUUCUGGAGUAUUUGAAAAUCCAAUCAAAAAAUCUCUUUGAUUUUUGUUGACAGCCUCUUGCGAUGCCAACUUCCUUGUUGGCCUACAAAAAGAAGAAAACUCCAAAUCACUCUAUACAGAGUAACAUUAGUGUCUUGUCUCUGGCCACCGGUGGUUAAAAACCUCAAUAUUUUUCUCCUUUAAGUGCCAGCUACUUCUGAGGGGCAUUUAUGGCUCUUGAGCUCGUAAGAUGUUCCACUAUGUUCUGCAGCGAGUCUCUAAUCUGAUCUGUCUGCAGGUAGGUUUGUACAGUGGGUUUAUCAGACCCUUUUCCUGGAAAUAACUGCAGGCUGCUGCUAACCACAUGAGUUCCAUGAAUUCUCACUGCUGUGUGUGUGUGUGUGUGUGUGUGUGUGUGUGUGUGUGUGUGUGUGUGUGUGUGUGUGUGUGUGUGUGUGUGUGUGUGUGAUGAUGGUGCACCUAAGCUUGCAACAUGCUUUCUGGCCCGAGUGAUAUUAGUAUAGCUGAUUCAUCCCAAAUUAGAUGUGUCAGAAGUAGCACUACAAUGAGCAUCAAAGCCAGAUUUAUACACUCAAAAAAUACUGUUAGAAUGAAUACAAUAACAAAAAUUAAAAAUACAUUUCUGUAAAACUCGACUUUAAAUUGGCAGAUUUGAUACUGGUCUGUAGCUUUUUAGAUUAGAAGCAUUUGUUGGUCUCUUGCUGUCCUAGGGCCUUUAACUCCUCACACAGAGCUUUUUUUCCACAAAGUCUGAGGCAGAUAAUAUGUUUCUCUAAUCACAACUAUAUCCCUAAAAAUUCUGGCUAAGUUGUGUGUAAUAUUCAUAACUGUAAAAAAGAUGUUGAAGCUUCGGUGAAGACACGGACUUAUAUUUCCUGUGGCUGUUCUUUACACAGAUGUAGAGACUUUAAUAUGGAAGCAGAGUUGAGCUAUAAAAAAGAAGAAAUGGUUGAUAUUAUUGUAAUAUUUCCUGUUUUUGGCUUUCUGGACAGGUUCAAACUGACCUACCUAUUACAGAAAACAAGUGCCUGUAACUUUAUUAUGUUCCCUGUGCUGUCCUGUGAGUUCAAACUUACCAAAAUGUGGCGCUUUGAUUUUGUUCAGUGUAUUUUUCAUUGGUAUUUUUUAUUGUUGUCAUGUGUGAACCUCCCCCCUUAACCCAUUGAUGUGACUAAGAAUGUAGUGAUUUUCACAGAUGAUUUUCAUGAGCAUCUUCAUCCAAACUCAUUCAGCAUGCCUUCAAACCUGAAGCUCCCUGUGCAUGAGAUGUUUCAGUAGAAAAAAGUAAAGAUUUGAAUUAUUUUUAUGAUCAAUAUAUACAGCAUAAUAUCAUAUUGUGAUAUCAUUUUGGGACUAACAUUGACUGUGCUGAUUUGGAGAUGUGUGCUGCUGUGAAAUGUAACAUAUCUGAUCAUUAUAUAGAUUGUAUUCUUUUAUUUAUUGAAUCUCCAGACUCCAGCCGGGGAACCGUGUCCCAUCCGAGCGGUUGUUAUGCUGUAUCAGCGAUAUUGACUCAUUGGAAAUGCCACACUGCCUCACUGUUAUUGCAACAGAAUUAACAAUAUGUCAAUGUGAUGUAUGUGUUUCAGUCAGACUGAAAGCUUUUCUUUACAUAUCUACUUCUCUGUGUAUGGCCUGUGUUGAGAUUAAGAUGAAAUGCUUUCAU